AUGCUGUACGGGAGAUUGGCAAAUGCACAUUUUAUUCUGGCUGUGACAUUGAUGCUGUGGAGUUCAGGAAAAGUACACUCAGUGGAUGUAGCAACAGAGGCUUUUGAUUCUGGAAUCAUAGAUAUGCAGUCACCACCCACAGCCAGGGAAGAAAAAUCAGCCACUAAUCUGGCAGCAAAACUCUUGCUUCUUGAUGAACUUGUGUCUCUGGAGAAUGAUGUUAUUGAAACAAAGAAGAAAAGGAGCUUCUCUAGUUUUGGGUCUCCCCUGGACAGACUCUCAGCUGGCUCUGUGGAUCAUAAAGGUAAACAGAGGAAAGUAGUAGAUCAUCCAAAAAGGCGAUUUGGUAUCCCUGUGGAUCGGAUCGGUGGAAACCGUCUCUCCAAUUCCAGAGGCUAAUUGAUUCCAGCUACACAACUUCCUUGGGUGAAAUGUCACAGAAACACGGAAGACGCUUCAGUGAAGUUCUUUACACUCCCUUAAUGAUUAAACUUUUAAGGAACUGACCUACUGCAAAUCCCUUCCACAGUUUGAACUUCAGUCC